GGCGGCUCCGCACAGCCAAGAUGGCGGCGGUGGAGCUGGAGUGGGUGCCCGAGACGCUGUACAACACGGCCAUCUCGGCCGUGGUCGACAGCUACGGGCGGGCGCGGCGCCGCGACAUCCGCUCGCUGCCCGAGAACAUCCAGUUCGACGUGUACUACAAGCUUUACCAACAGGGCCGUCUGUGCCAGCUGGGUAGUGAAUUUUGUGAACUAGAAGUUUUUGCAAAGGUGCUACGAGCUUUAGAUAAAAGACAUCUGCUCCAUCACUGUUUCCAGGCUCUGAUGGACCAUGGGGUCAAAGUGGCUUCUGUCCUGGCCUAUUCCUUCAGCAGACGGUGCUCCUACAUUGCAGAGUCAGAUGCUGCUGUCAAAGAAAAAGCAAUCCAGAUUGGCUUUGUUUUAGGGGGGUUCCUGUCGGAUGCAGGCUGGUACAGCGAUGCUGAGAAGGUGUUCCUGUCCUGCCUUCAGCUGUGCACGCUCCACGAUGAGAUCCUGCACUGGUUCCGGGCCGUGGAGUGCUGUGUGAGGUUGCUGCACGUCCGGAAUGGGAACUGUAAAUACCACCUGGGGGAGGAGACGUUCAAGCUGGCCCAGUCCUACAUGGAGAAGCUGGCCAAGCACGGCCAGCAGGCCAACAAGGCCGCGCUCUACGGGGAGCUCUGCGCCCUGCUCUUCGCCAAGAGCCACUACGAUGAGGCCUACAAGUGGUGCAUAGAGGCCAUGAAGGAGAUCACGGUGGGGCUGCCCGUGAAGGUGGUGGUGGACGUGCUGCGACAAGCCUCCAAGGCCUGCGUGGUGAAGAGGGAGUUCAAGAAGGCCGAGCAGCUCAUCAAACACGCCGUGUACCUUGCCAGGGAGCACUUUGGAGCCAAGCACCCCAAGUACUCUGACACGCUGCUAGACUAUGGCUUUUACUUGCUCAACGUAGACAACAUCUGCCAAUCUGUUGCCAUCUAUCAGACAGCGCUCGAUAUCCGGCAGUCGGUGUUUGGAGGCAAAAACAUCCACGUAGCCACGGCCCACGAAGACCUGGCUUAUUCUUCAUAUGUUCACCAGUACAGCUCUGGGAAAUUCGACAACGCACUAUUCCAUGCUGAACGUGCUAUUGGCAUUAUAACUCACAUUCUGCCAGAGGACCAUCUUCUCUUGGCCUCUUCGAAGAGAGUGAAAGCACUCAUCCUGGAGGAGAUUGCCAUAGACUGUCACAACAAGGAGACAGAGCAGAGGCUGCUCCAGGAGGCUCAUGACCUGCACCUCUCCUCGCUCCAGUUGGCCAAGAAAGCCUUUGGGGAGUUCAACGUGCAGACAGCCAAACACUACGGCAACCUGGGCAGGCUCUACCAGUCCAUGAGGAAGUUCAAGGAAGCAGAGGAGAUGCACAUCAAGGCAAUUCAGAUCAAGGAGCAGCUCCUGGGCCAGGAGGAUUACGAAGUUGCCCUCUCCGUGGGCCAUCUCGCCUCCCUCUACAACUAUGACAUGAACCAGUAUGAAAAUGCUGAAAAGCUUUAUUUGAGAUCCAUAGCAAUUGGAAAGAAGCUUUUUGGGGAAGGAUACAGUGGACUUGAAUAUGAUUACAGAGGUCUCAUUAAACUGUACAAUUCCAUUGGCAAUUACGAGAAGGUCUUUGAGUACCACAAUAUCUUGGCCAACUGGAACCGGUUGCGGGACCGGCAGUUCUCGGUCACGGAUGCCCUGGAGGACGUGAGCACCAGCCCCCAGUCCACGGAGGAGGUGGUCCAGUCCUUCCUGAUGUCUCAGAGCCUCGAUGGACAGAGCAGCUAAGAACUCGGUCACUUAACCAGUUAAGGUUUUCUCCCCCACCCCGGGGUUCCAGGGGGAAAAGUCAUACUGUGAAAUCUAAACCAUGUAGUUCUCUGGGGGCUGGAGUUGGCGUUGAAACACUGGUCCAGUCUGCUGAAGAGUGCCCAUCCGGAUGAAUGUGUGUUCAAUUCCUCUCAGCAUGUGUAUGGCAUGUUUAGUUCGGCUCACAUUUUUAACUUGGUAUUCCCAAAAAAAAAAAAAAAAAAAACCCACAAAAAACAAACCCCUUCUUUCUCUCUUCUUCCAAAAGAAGCUCCUUUGCAGAAAGUCUGCAAGAAAACAUUAAAUAAAAACUGUUUGAGUUCAAAAGAGUUGCAUUGUUGUUAUGGAUGGAAGGUGUCACCAAGAGCUUUCUGCUGACGUAGAGAGAGAGUAAGAGCUGUCCUGUGAGGAGCUGUAGGAGAAAGGUGUUUCUGCUGUAUCUUUGUAGCAAAGUUGAUGGUAAAUAGCGAGCACGGGGAGGAUGCCCUGCCUGGGCUGCUGCCUUACCAAGAGAAGUGGCCAAGAACCACUUGGGAGCAACACUGAACCUCGCUCGGAGUGCAGUCCCCACCGUGUGCUUUGUGCAUCCCUGAACUGGACCAGUGCUCACCUGGGAGCGGGACAGAGCCCCAGACCAGCCAUCCCAGUGCCCUUGGUGCCACCACCAGUGCUCAGCCUGAGCAGGACCAGCAGAACCCACAGUGGACCAGCUGCUAAAAACCGCUUUGGACCAGUGGCUUUAAUUUACCCCUUCUGCCCCUGCUUUCACUUGCCAGUAGGAGUCCUGCAUUUAGGUGUCUGAUCGGUGCAAAUGAUUUUCCUGUGAUAGAUCCAGAGCCAGGGAGUGCCCCUUCCUGAGCCAUGGCCUGUCUGUUCCCGGUGAGCUUCUCCAGGCACUGUGCCCGUGCCACAGGCGGGACCAGCCACGCUCGACUCUGCUGCAGCCACCUCUGCUCUGCUCUGCUGGGCCUUCGCCUGCCGAUGGAGCCCACUCCUUGUUUAUACAGAAGAGUUUUGUACAACAAUCCAGUUCCCUUUUCAGUUUCUGAGAACACAACUCACUGUACAGUUCACAGGGGUCGGUGGAAAAUGCCAAAAAGCACAACAGGUCUUUUUUUUUGUGAAGCUUCAUUUCUCCAUUAAACACCAGUACAACCAGAAAUGGUUCCCUGCUGUUCCUUCCUGCAGCAGAGCUCACUGCACAGACCUUGGCUGUGCCUCUCACUGGCUUGUCUUAACUGCCCUGCUGGGGCUGCCUGCUCGUGUGGCUUUGGCUUUGGGUGUUGUUCUGGCUUUGUUUUAUUUCUCACUGUUGAGGGAAUAUUUGAGAGUCUGUGACACAAACUGGACCUGGCUCUGCUGACACCUCAGUUCUUCCAGCGGAUUCUGGCGGGGGUGGUUCUCUCCUGCUGUUUUGGGGGGUUUGUACCUUAGGCAGUCCCAGCUGGGGCUGGGCUGGCUCUGGGUGUUGUGUUUGGGCUCUGGUUUGCAGUUGGUUUCUGAGGUUUCUGGCAGGGAAAGGUGCUGGAUGGUCUUCAGGGAAGAAACAGAGAUCUUGGACAUGACUUAAUGGCUCUUUUAAGAAGUGAAAUUUUACAGGCCAAUAGUUCAUUUACUGGUGCCUUCAAGUGUAUUUUGGGGGGAAAGGCUGAGUAAUUCUCAACUUUAAAAUGCAGUUUUGUAGUUAGUGAAGAUUAAUGAUUGCAUAUUUGGGAUGGCUUCACUGAGGUGAAAAGAAAGAUUUGCAUGAACCCCCCUGUGGUGUUAGGACUUAACUGCAGGAUGGCCUCAGCAGCUGCUCAGUGAAAAUCCAGCUCGACGUGUGGACUUAACAUCUAAUUUAUUUAUAGCAAUUUUGUUUAUGAUGUGUAGGAACUACAGACUAAUUCAGCUGUAAAGGCAGAACCUUUUUCUCCCUGAUGUCCGAGGCACCGAUGAGUUACAACGUUCUCACGAGUUCUUAAAUCCUAUUCAACCCUAUUUACAGUCAAACAAAGUGUGUAACAGUGGUGCCAGAACUCGGGCAGGGAGGUGGCUCAGAGCUGUCCUGAAGAAGCUGGGUGGUUCUGUGGCUCUGAGCUGCAGGAGUGUCCAAAGCUUCCAGCUGGGUCCUGGACUUGCACUGACAUGGCCUGGAGAUCCUUUAUCCACUUGGGAUCUCCAGCCUUGGUCUCCAUGUCCAGCUCCUGACUCAGGAGUGUCUGAGCUCCAGUUGGAGCCCCAGGGGAUGGUGCCAGAGGCAGGGAAAGGACUCGUCCCUCUGGGCCAGCGGGGCUCCAGCACUGCCUGACUGCCUGGGCAGAGCUGAGCCUGCAAUUCCCUACAUGCUCCAUCCUGUGGGGUUUUCCAGGAGCAGGGGGGGUAAUUCCCUAUGUUCUCCCUGCUCUGGGGUUUUGCAGUGGCCUGCAGGUGUCCCCUCUGGCAGUUUUCCAUGGUGGGGGGGCCUGGCACGAUGGAACACUGGACACAGGGAAUUAAUUAUUGGCAUUUAUAGGCACACAGAGGCAGCUGCACAGGGGCUGUUUGGUGCUGGCAGUGGCAGGGGACACCUGGGAGUGGAACUCCUGUGAAAAUGCAUCUUUUUCCUGAAGGUGAGUAAAUGAAUCACCCCAGAGUCACCGGUGCAGUGGGGAGGACGGGUGGCACCUUAAGGGAAACUUUUCACAGUUGAUUAAAUUGAACCCUUAAUAUUUCCCUGCCACGUUUGGUGAGUGAGGGGUGAGUCCUGUUUUCUGUGCAGCUGGGAGGGAGGGAGGAAGGUGAUGUCAGAUUCCCCCCUGCUCCUGGGGCUGCUCUGGACGUUGGGGAAGGGGGGAGCACACCCGGAUUUGAAGAGCUGACAAAAGGGGAGUGGGAAAUGUCUUUGCAAAUCUCUCUCUCAGCUACUUGAAGUAAACGAGCCAGUAACUGUGUGGCCCCAAACAGUGUUUGGUCGCUGUUGUAGCAGGAGGAUUCCAACAGGGAGUGUCUGUGCCUGCCUCUGUCCAGCUCUUUGGAUGCUGCUUCAGUCCCUGCUCUGGAGCCAGACUUUGGUUUAAGGCUGUGUCCUUUUUGCACACCGGUUUUGGUAAACGGUUCUGAAGGGUUUGUUGAAUUCCAAGCUGCCAGCUCAGGGGUGGUGGUUGUGACUCCCCAAAGGAAGCUUUCCUGUCCGUGUGCUGUGGUCUGGAAUUCACUCGAGGUGCUGCUUCUCGUGGUACAAGAUGCACGUGGGAGUCCAUUCCCUUUCUCCAGCCCUCCCUGUGGCAGAGGAGGAAAAGGUGCCUCAAACAGGGUGGGAACCGUUGAUGAACAUCCCUUGGUGCUGUGGUUGGGCGGUGACUCGGGCUGGGGGCAGGUGAUCGCUGUUCCCACCUUUCCCACAGGUCCCCCCUCUGCCUGUGCAGAGCCUGCUUCGAUCUGGAGGCCGUUGUGUCCCUGUUUCCCACAUUUCCAGAGGGAGCUCCUGGCUCUGCACUGGGCGGUGUCACCUCGUGACCUGUGAGGGCCUCGGGGUUCCCUCCCUGCAGGACCAGCCCCAGUUCCUGCAGCAGCCCCGGCAGUGCUGGGAGUGCUUUUGUCCCUAAAUCUCAGGAAGGUGUUGGGCAGUGCCAGGGGGUCCCUGGGUGGUGGCAGCUGGGUGUGCUCUGGGCUCUGACGCUCUCCCUGCAGUCUCGGUGUCUGUAGCAUGAGUGGCCUUAGUGAGUUUGUUGAAGUGCACAUUUUUUUUUUUGUUUUGUUUUGUUUCUUUUCAGAAGUAAAUUUUAAGAUGAAGAAGAUAUAUACUAUAUAAAUAUAUAGAGCUAUUUAGAAACUCGGUCUGUGGUGCACAAGUUCAGUGUUGGAGCUCAAUAAUCGUCGCAGGUACCAUAUGUGUAACUUCUCUUUUCUGUACAUCCCUUUCUGGGAAGCAAAUGUUGCCAUGGUAACUACAACUUUACAAUUUCUUUACUACUUAAUGAUGUGAAUGAACUCUACAUUUUAUUGAAUAUUACCAGGUUCAGUACUAUUUUUAUACUUUAUUGAACUACAGGGGAUUUUAAUUUAAUAGCAUUUAAAAUAAAAAAAAAGAUAAAAAGAUGUUGCUUGAACUGUAUAACUGUAUAAAUGGAAAUACUCACACAAACCCACCUCUCAACCAGAAUCUCUGCCUGUAGUGCCACGUUCAUUUCUAUGAGAGUCUCUUGCUCAUGGCCAGAGCUUGCAGAUCACCCUCCCUGUGGUGUCAGGGCGGGCUUUGGUGUCCCCCUCCCCCGCCUGCAGAGCCCAGCGUUGUCUGUGCCCAUGGAACCACCCCCUGUUUGUAACCAGCAUUGUGAUAUUCUGUAACUGUAUUGCUCUACUGAAAUAUUGACCUAAUAAAUAGAGUGUUCUGCA